AAGUACGGCGCUCAGAAGGGUCCGACUCAGGCUCGCGUCGCUGUCGGCUGGUGGGAACCGGGGACGCCGGCGACCUGAGUGCAAGCUGGCGCUACCAUCGUCACCGCCGGCAAGUCCCUUUUCUGUGCUUUCGUUGGCUCAGUCUUGAAGUGGGUCGAGGACGAGCCACUCUCAGAGUCCAUCCUGGAAAACGAGGUUGCCAGUGGGAGCCGAGAGCCGGGUAAAAGGCCCCUCCCCAUCUUCAGAACAGUCCUGGGUUCUGAGCCUGCCAUCCAAGGAACUCAGGAGGAGGAGUUGACGGUUUCUUCAUCCCAAACCACCCUGGGACAGGACUCAGCAUGUCUCAGGCCACCAAGAGGAAGCAUGUGGUGAAGGAGGUGCUGGGGGAGCACAUGGUGCCCUCCGACCAGCAGCAGAUUGUGAGGGUACUCAGGACCCCAGGGAACAAUCUGCAUGAGGUGGAGACAGCCCAAGGGCAGCACUUCCUGGUGAGCAUGCCAUCCAAAUACCGUAAGAACAUCUGGAUCAAGAGAGGGGACUUUCUCAUUGUUGACCCCAUUGAAGAGGGAGAAAAAGUGAAGGCCGAGAUCUCCUUUGUGCUGUGCAAGGACCACGUGCGCUCUCUACAGAAGGAGGGGCUCUGGCCUGAAGCCUUCUCUGAAGUGGCUGAGAAACACAACAGCAACAGGAACAGACAGACUCAACCAGAACUCCCAGCCGAACCACAGUCAUCGGGAGAAAAGUCCAGCUCUGAAGAUGAUUCUGAUCUCUUUGUUAACACCAACCGCAGACAGUAUCACGAGAGUGAAGAGGAGAGUGAAGAGGAGGAGGCACCCUGAGGUCCUGGGACCCACUUCUCUACUUGCUCAGGGACUAGUCCCUAGCAACUCUGGGCUUGGACAGUCCCAUAGUGCUCUGCAGAUCUUCACCCCGGGAUGGGGACAAGGCAGGGCCCCUGUCUGAACUGACCUUCUGGCCUGGAAAAUUAAACCCCUAGUGGGUGGUGACUUGUA